AUGGGUUGUACAUUUGGAAAAAAUACAUGUGAAUGUACUAGUGAAGAGUAUUGUGAAUAUCAUUCUCCUUUUGUUCAAACAUUUUAUGGAAAUAUAUCAGGAUUUAAAUAUAAAAUUAAUGAAGAACAUACAACUAAUGUUUUUUUAGGUAUACCAUUUGCAAAACCUCCUAUUGGUAAUUUAAGAUUUAAAAAACCAGAACCUCCAGAGAAAUGGGAUGAGGUGUUGGAGGCUUAUACUUAUAAAUCAAGAUCAAUACAAAAAAAUGAUUUAAUAACAGAUUUUUUGGUUCGCCUUCCAAUUUCAGAAGAUUGUUUAUAUUUAAAUAUUGUAACUCCAAAUUUAUCUGAUACAUGUUUAAAAAAAUUUCCUGUUAUGGUUUUUAUACAUGGUGGUUCAUAUUACUCAAAUAAUGCUUCACGAUAUCAUUAUUCAAAAUGUUCUUCAUAUCUUGUUAGAUAUGAUGUUAUAUUUGUAACAAUUCAAUAUCGUCUUGGAUUCUUAGGUUAUUUUUAUACAGGUGAUGAAUCUUGUGAAACAAAUUUAGGUUUGUGGGAUCAAUAUUUUGCUUUAAAAUGGGUACAUGAAAAUAUUGAAUCAUUUAAUGGUGAUUCUAAUAAUAUUACUGUUGUAGGUCAAUCUGCUGGAGCUUCAAGUGCUGAUUUAUUAAGUUUAUCACCUUAUUCAAAAAAUUUAUUUAAUAAAUGUGUAUUAUUUGGUGGGAAUGCUAAUGCAUUAUGGGCUAUUGCAGAUAAAGAUAAACUAAUUUUUCUUUGUCGACAGAAGGCUAAUGAAUUAGGUUUUGAAAAAGCUCCAACUGAUAAAUGGAGUACAGAGGAUAAUUUAAAAAUGAUGGAGUUUCUUAAAAAAAUACCUGGUGAUAUGUUUGUACUUUCUAAAUCAUUGUGUUUAGAAGAUGAAUCUAUCUAUGAAAGUUGUAUUGAAUUUGGUCCAAUUAUAGAUGGAGAUAUUUUACCUAAGACUCCACAUGAAUUACGCCUAGAAGUAGAACCAAAACCAUCAAUUUUAGGUGUUUGCCAAUACGAAGGUUUAUUACUAGUUGCAAUGACAAAGAUUGAUAAUCCCCAUACAUUAUUUGAAAAAUUAAUAGAAGGACAAAAAAGGAUAUACAAAAGAGGUGGAUUAAAUGUUAAUGAUGAUGACAUUAGUAAAAUGUUAGGAUAUAAUAAAAAUGAAAAAAAUAAGAUGAAAUGUAUGGAGAAUGUAGUAAAAAUUCUUGGUUUUCUUGGUAUAGAAUUACCUACAAUUGAAUAUUUAAUAUAUCGUCAUAAAAAUUUUAUUAAAUUUAAAAAAAAAUUUAAUAAAAGAUUGGGAAAAUUUCAAUCAAAUAUUUCUAAUGAUGAAGAGUCAAUGAAAACAAUAUUUGAUGAUUCAAAUUUUUCUCUUUAUUUAUUUCGUUUUGAUCAUUACAAUCCAAACAAUUUUGUUGGAAUUAAAAAAUUUUUUCCAUUUAUUGGAGCUACACACUGUACAGAGUUAAAUUAUUUUAUUGGUGUUAAUCAUUUAAUAAUUCCAUAUUUUAAAAAUUCAGAAGAUAUUCGUGUCAGAGAUUUUUUUACCCGUGCAAUUACAAAUUUUGCAAAAUUUGGUGAUCCAAAUGAAGUAAGUAAAGGCGAUAAAAAUAAUGUUUUUUGGAGUCCUGUAAAUUUUAACCAAAAUGUGAAUAAUGGUGGACAUUUAAAAUUUUGUUUUAUGAAAAUAAAACCAGAACUUGAGAUGGAAGAAACUUUUGGUAACGAAAAACUUAUAAUAUUGUCAAAAUUUUACAUGAAAAUAAGAGCAAAUAAAAUUAACAUUGAAAAAUUGAUAAGAAAUAGUUAUACAAACAAAGAUAUAGAAGAAUUAUUAAAAGAUGUUAACAAGAAUAUCGCAAUUAAAUUAAAUUUAAAUACAAAUAGUUAUUUAGAAAAUAUGAUAAAAAAGAUUAGGGAAUUUCCAAGUUGA